AUGUCUAACGGUCCCGGCCCUUCCCUCCCCCGCACGCGGCACGAAGAAGAUAUUUAUGUUCGAUUGAUAGACGCCAACUCCAAACAGGCGAUCGCAUACGAAGGCCAAGACAAGAACCCUGAGAUGUGCCGAGUGCUGCUCACGCACGAAGUUAUGUGCAGUCGAUGCUGCGACAAAAAAAGCUGCGGCAACCGCAACGAAACUCCUUCAGAUCCUGUCAUCAUUGAUAGAUUUUUCCUCAAGUUCUUCCUGAAAUGCAACCAAAACUGCCUGAAAAAUGCCGGCAACCCGCGGGACAUGCGGCGCUUCCAGGUCGUGAUAUCUACACAAGUGGACGUGAGUGGACCGCUACUGGCAGUCUCCGACAACAUGUUCGUUCACAACAACAGUAAACAUGGACGACGAGCCAAAAGAAUAGACGCAACAGACACCAUGUUCGGCAAACCAAGAGCAGCGCUGGGUUCUCAAAACCACUUUCCAUAUUUUACGAAUACCGAUACCGACGAUAACACAGGUGUGUACCCCUCAGGUCUGUACCCCCCCCUGCCCGCCACCCCCUGCGUGAAGGCCAUCUGUCCAUCAGAAGGAUGGACGUCGGGGGGCGCGACGGUCAUCAUCGUGGGGGACAACUUCUUUGAUGGUCUACAGGUCGUGUUUGGCAGCACGCUCGUCUGGAGCGAGAUGAUCACACCCCAUGCCAUGCGGGUCCAGACGCCCCCUAGACCCGUGCCAGGCGUCGUAGAAAUUACCCUGUCGUACAAGAGUAAACAAUUCUGUAAAGGAUCUCCGGGGAGAUUUGUUUACAUUUCUCUCUCGGACCCCACAAUAGAGUACGGCUUCCACCGGCUGCACAAACUCAUCCCGCGUCACCCCGGCGACCCAGAGAAGUUACCUAAAGAAAUUAUACUCAAGCGGGCAGCAGACCUGGCCGAGGCCCUCUACACGAUGCCCCGUAACAACCAACUGUCGUUGCCCGCCCCGCGGUCGCCCGCCACUAUGAACCAGACCGCCGCCGCCGCCGCCAUGACGGGCUUCAACAGCUACACCGGACAGCUUGUUAGUGUACAGGACAGCGCUGCUAACGCCGCCGCCGCCGCUCAGUGGGGGGAAGACGAACGGAGCCACAACAACGGCAGCAGCAGCAGCAGUAACAGCAGCAGCAACAGCAGCAGCGAGGCAGCUGUUGAUGAUCAUGUCAACAACAACAACAAUAGCAGCAGCAGUAGCAAUAAUAACAACUACGGAGAUAUCAAGAAUCUUGAAGAGAAACGCAACUCUAACAGCAGGAAUUUUUGUAGAACUACGAACCUCAAACAGGAACCUGACCCGCUGAAGAGCAGCAACCAACAACAGUUAACGAACAGAUCCCAUGAAGAUUCAACAAUGUCAACAGAUGACCCUCUCUCAACAUAUUCAUCACCAUCAGCAACAUCUGCAUCACUGUUCAACACAUCAUCACAAUUGCCUGUAACAUCACAAUCGUCACCAUUAGCCGCCACGUCUCCUCCAACAUCACUGUUGAGUAGCUGUCUCGUGUCAUCACUAGCAUCACAAUCAAACUAUCAACACCAAUUUCAGCAUCAGAAUCAACAGUACUCUUCCCUCACUCCCCCCAUAUCGUCAUCAUCAACAUUAUCACUAAACGCACCAUCAUCAUCGUUAUGUUUAAACGCGCCGUUCUACCAGAACCAAAGUUCAGCUUUCACUCACCACCCUUCCUCUUCCUCAUCUUCCCCAUCCAUUGGGACUACCCGCACCAGUUCCUCCAACUCCCUACAUCCCCACACUUUGUAUCCCAACUCCCUCAACUACGGGGCUACUUAUUACGGAUCCCUAAACGGCGGAUACGGCAGCUCCGGACUGCCGAAUUACGGGAGUAGUUACGGCGGAGCGGCCAACAUGGCGGCCAUGACGUCACAAGAAUUCUACGCGGCACAAUCUAGGAUGAUGAGCAGCUUCCCGGGCUUUUAAUAUUUAUAUCAGACGGCAACGCAGUAUCAUCACACAUCAUUACGCACACUGCACCAAUAUCAUUGCAUUAUCAUCACUAAUACCGGCAGGAAUAUCAUUGCAUUAUCAUCACUAAUGCCGGGACGACUAUCAUUGCAUUAUCA